GCGCUAGGCCCCGGGGCAGCCUUUCCGCUUCCGAGUCAGAGGUGGUCGCCAUGGCGGUGCUGGCCUCCAACCCCAACAACCCUGUGGUGUUCUUCGAUGUCACCAUAGGCGGCCAGGAGGUCGGCCGCAUGAAGGUGGAGCUCUUCGCCGACGUGGUGCCCAAGACGGCGGAGAACUUCAGGCAGUUUUGCACGGGUGAAUUCAGGAAAGAUGGCGUUCCGAUCGGCUACAAAGGCAGCACCUUUCACAGGGUUAUAAAGGAUUUCAUGAUCCAAGGAGGCGACUUUGUGAAUGGAGACGGCACCGGAGUGGCCAGCAUCUACCGGGGGCCCUUUGCCGAUGAGAACUUUAAACUGAAGCACUCUGCACCUGGCUUGCUCUCCAUGGCCAACAGCGGUCCCAGCACCAACGGCUGCCAGUUCUUCAUCACGUGCUCCAAGUGCGACUGGCUGGACGGGAAGCACGUGGUUUUCGGUAAAAUAAUUGAUGGACUACUAGUCAUGAGAAAAAUUGAAAACGUGCCCACCGGGCCAAACAACAAACCAAAAUUGCCAGUAGUGAUCGCCCAGUGUGGAGAGAUGUAGCCGGGGAGCCCCAGGUACGUGCC